UCCGCUUCCUCCUUCUGUCCCUCCCUCUCUCGGCCAGCCACACCUGGGAGAGCUUAAAGUGUGGUCUGGGGCAGGCUGAGCCCCACAGAGUCUUCCUCCGCCUCCUUCUCCUCCUCCUCCUCCUCUUCGUCGUCCUUGCACCAUGAAGCUCAGGAAGAGCAGCAACAGCAGCAGCAGCAGCUGUCCACUUUGCCUCCUCUCCCUCGUGGGGCUCCUCGUCUUUGGCACUCAGCUGCUGAGCACCUCUGGACAGAACGCCACAGCGGCUACAGAAAAAGCGGGCACAUGUCCCGGCAACACACGGGGGGAGACCAAGAGUGGGAACUGCACAGAAGAAUGCCAGUCGGAUGCCAGCUGCACGGAGAACCAGAAGUGCUGCCCAACAGGCUGCGGGAUGUCUUGUCAAGUCCCGGAUGAGAAACCUGGCUCCUGCCCCAGUGUCAUGCUCGGAGGCAUCCCCCAGCUGGGGAUCUGUCUGGAGAUGUGCCAAAGCGACACGCAGUGCAAGGGCACCUGGAAAUGCUGCAGAAAUGGGUGUGGCAAGAACAUCUGCAUGGAACCUGGGCCCUGAGGUGCCGCCUCGAUCCUGCAGAGCCUCCGAGGGGCCCUGGGGGGGCCCAGCCCUCUUUUGACGCACCACCAGCUUGCAAGGAGGUGACGACGCUUUCAGCUCUUGGAGCCCCUUUCGUACUUUUGCAGUAAAACUCUCCCUUUGCACAGCAGA